UAUUAUGUCUGAUCCUCAUUCAUUCCUCUUCAUAAAUUUUUUAUGCAAAGAAACCAUCACUCAAUUACAGUCAAACACUACGGUUAAUGCCUUGAAAAAAAUUGUUCAAUUGAAUUGUUAAUGGAGCAGGAAUCGAUCCAUAGAAGGCAUCAGCGACGAGAUUCUCCAGCGAUCGUCGGAGCGGCACAAUCGCAACAGGUCCGACUUCCACCUCGCCGGCGACUCCACUUCUCCCGCCGCCAGCCAACACGCCUCUCUCCCGUUUGGCCAACCCGACGCUGACUCCUAUCCGAUACGCCGCCUCCCACCAAAGCUUCCUCCGAACCCUAGAUCCCGCUUCCUUGAAAAAAACCACGAAGUCCCCUCACGCCGCACCUUCCGCAGUUCCUCUCCUUCCCCUCGCUCUCCGUCGCCUCUUUCGCCGGAGAAUGCUCUCCACCAGCCUCCGCCGCUUUCUCCGCCGCGAAACCUGCUCAAAUCUUCCCACCGGAGGACGGUCUCCUCUUCCACUUGCUCUCUUGACAAGGACUCUACAAUACGGAGAUCUGUUUCAAGCAGCCGGAAGCUGGCGGUGGAGGGAAAGCGGGGGGAAGACGUGAAGAUGAUCAACGCGUUCCUGCGCCGGCAGAGGGCAACGAUCGGUAUGGCUUCGGACGGUGAAGUGUCCGUUAAGGCCAAGAUCGUCCUGUCGUCGUACACGCCUGACACCAGCUCAAUGGUGGCGGCUAUUUGCUACGCGUGGUUGCUGGAGAAUACGAGGAAGAGGGAGAAGAGUAAGAUUAAGGAUGAGGUUGUGGUGCCGGUGAUCAACAUGAGGAGGGCAAGAAUGUGGGAGCAUAAGCAAGCAGCUUGGCUUUUUCAUCACAUUGGAAUCGAUGCUUCUGCUUUAAUCUUCUCGGAUGAGCUAGAUUUGGAGGGCCUGUUAAUGGGCAAGCAGCUAAGUUUACUUAUUGUGGGACAAGAUGUUUUGCAGACAAAUGGCGAGGUUGGAUCUCUGUGUACAAUUCUGACUGAUAACUACUGUGAAGAUGCGUAUGAUCUACUUCAGACUUCCAAUUUAAGAAGACUUCUUCUUGCUGGAAUUUUAUUAGAUACUCAAAAUCUGAGUAGUCUUGCCAAGUCAUCAACAAAUAGAGAUGCUGAAGCUGUGCAAUUGCUCUUGGUUGGUUCUUCUCCUGAUUACAGAGAUUUUUUCUUCAAGCAAGUGAUGAAAGAACAUGGAGAAGAAUAUUUUCUUGAAUCUAUGAGGCAACAUUAUGGGAAACUUCCUGUUGAAGUGAAGCAGAAGCCCUCAACAGCUCCAACUUCAGGACCAGCAGCAGUGCAACCAACUCCAGCUCUAGCUCCUGCUCCAUCUAAGCCUACAGAAAAACCAUCCUGCACUAAGAACAAAUUCAGUGUAGGAAGAUUCUUUAAUUUUUUUUCAUAAUUUAUCAAAUUCCUUGUUCAUAGAGCAAGCUAUUUGUCAUCUUUCCAUUUCUGCCAUUUUUCAGGCAAUGCAGUGAGUAUGACCGCUUGUAUCCUGUUGCGCCGUGAAAAG